UAACAACGAACAAAGUCCUAGGACUCUCGGUUAGGCGUGUGGAAAAGCUUCAAGAGCGUUAGCUCCCUGAGGUUUAAUCAUGCUUUCUGCGGGUGUACUUGUCGCGAGAGGAUUUAACCGUACCUUAUCUACAGUUUCCGUUCGAAGGGCUCUGGCUGUGCAGAGCAUUAGGUCGACUAGUGAGCCCAUAAACAAACAAUCACAAUAUCGACCCAAGUUUUACAAGACUCGUAGCUUUUCGAGAUCUGCGGCCUCAGCACAGCUGGACUCUCGAAAACUACAAGAUGAGUUGGAGUUGGAUCCAUAUAAACUAAGAGAUGGAUGGGGGAAACCAUCGUUUAAUGUGUCGCAAAUGACAUACCUGCUGGAUCACGACAACCAAGAGAAAAGAGCGAAGUUUCGUAAAAUUCUUUCAGAGGAUCCCCUGAUGACCCCAAAAUACAACAUUUCCAUCGACGAAGAAAGGGAAUUGGCUCUGAAAAGACUGAAGAAACUCUGCGAUCAAGGAUUUAUUUCCGUGUUAGACUUCAGGAACAACCCUCUUUGGAUCUUCGCAGCCCACGAACUGGCCGCUGUAGUGGAUGCUGCAAUGACUACAAAGAUGACAGUCCAGUUUAACUUGUUUGGUGGUACUGUAUUGAAGCUGGGUACAGAGAGACACCAUGAUAAACUGUUGCAGGGUAUUGACACACUAGAGGAUGUGGGCUGUUUUGGUUUGACAGAACUUGGAUAUGGAAACAAUGCAGUACAGAUGGAAACAACAGCCACCUAUGACAAGGAGACCAAGGAGUUUAUCGUCAAUACGCCAACUCCUUUGGCACAGAAAUAUUGGAUCACCAAUGGUGCCUGCCAUGCCCAUCAUGUUGUUGUCUUCUCACAACUGUACAUUGAUGGUGUCAAUCAAGGUAUCCAUGGUGUACUGGUUCCAAUUCGGGAUAAGGAUCUGAAUGUGAUGCCUGGAGUUCAGAUUCAUGACAUGGGACAUAAAAUGGGUCUAAACGGAGUGGACAAUGCCAAGUUCUACUUUGAUAAUGUCCGUGUACCCAGAGAAAACCUGCUCAACUUGUCUUCUGAUGUUGCUGAGGAUGGAACCUACACAACAAAAAUUAAAGGCAGCAUCCGCAAUCGUUUUCUGGCCGUGGCAGAUCAACUUCUCGCUGGUCGUUUAUGUAUAGCCAGUAUGGCUCAAGGUGCUUCAAAAGCUUGUCUAGCCAUCGCUAUUCGCUACUCAGCAACUCGUCUGACAGUGGGUCCUGAAGGCAAAUCAGACACACCCAUUCUCAAGUAUCAGCUCCAACAGAAUGCACUGAUGCCCCUACUGGCUGUUACCUAUGCCAUUGAUUUUGCAAUGCAUUACGUCAAGGACUGCUGGGCCUUUCAGGCUACAGAUGGAUCUGACCAUGCAGAUGUGGUGACUAUGUGCUGUGUUAUCAAGGCUAUUGCUGGUUGGCAUGUGUCUGAAACAGGUGCCACUUGCCGAGAGAGGUGUGGGGGACAGGGCUAUCUUUCCUGCAAUAAAUUUGGCAUUGAUUUGGCUCUUUCACAUGCUUGUAUGACAGCUGAAGGUGACAACUCAGUGUUGAUGCAGAAAGUUGCCACCGAAAGGCUUAUGGUUUUUAAACCAGCUGGAGAUCAAAUUGCAGCAAGUGAUAGCGCAGACCUGAGUGACCGCACAUACCUUCAGGCCCUAUUGGAGUCCCGUGAGAACAGACUGUUCACAUCUCUGGGAAAGAAGAUGAUGAAGGCUGGAAAGGAAGGAAGAUUCGACACAUGGAUGUUUCAGGAACAGGAUCUUGUCCAAGGUGCUGCACGCUCAUAUGGUGAACGACUCGUCAGUGAAUGUUUUGGUAAAGCUCUUGACAAAGCAGAUCCUGGUCUACAACCAGUUCUUCAGAAACUUCACCAUCUCUAUCAGAUGACAGUCAUUAAGAGGGAUCUUGGCUUCUUUGCCACAUCAGGGCUGAUGUCUGCAGUGACUGGGGCACAAGUGGGGAAGGUGACCGCUGACCUGUGUCGUGAAAUAGCACCACAGGCUCUUGCAUUGUGUGAUGCUUUUGGAUUCACUGAUGAAAUGCUCAAUGCUCCGAUUGCUAGGGAUUGGGUCAGGUACAACGCAAUUGAUAAUGAAGGAGAAGUUGAAGGUGUAGAGUAUUGACUUUGCUCUGCAUAACUUUUUUGACAAUCGCAGCUGCCAUAAAACAAAUGUUCUAGUAAUCACUGAUAGGUCUCGUUUGGCCAUUGAGUUCAACACUCAUAUUAUGCGGCAUUAUCUGGCAAUAUUUGCAUUAUGGUGGAUCUUAAGAUUGACAACUUUCCUAUUUUUGAAUGACAUAUAUGAACCAUGUAAAUCUGAGUGUAACUCAAGGGAUUUUGUGCAAUCGUCAUAAUUUUAUUCCACUGAAGAAUAUGAGCAUGUUUUUCAGUUUCUACAUUUUGGUGAGUAUUCAAUGAAUUCAUGUCCAAUUUUUUUCAUACAUGUCAUAACAGGUCUGUCUAGCUCUAUUUCGUUGAACGUUUUCAGUGGUUGCAGUGGUGUAGCACAAACUUUACAUCAAUGUAUAUUUGAUCCAAACUUGAUAAGGGUAAGGAAAAUUAGAAAAAAAAACAUACGUACACACACUUGCUAAUAAAUUUGAUAUUAGUGCAGGUCUUAGAGUUAUAACCUUUUUUCUCAAGCAGCAAGUAGCUGAAAGAAGAAUUUAAAAGGAACAGUAAUGAUUAAUCGUGUCAUUCAGAUAAUUGAAUUUUAUUGUUUCUGGUCAAUGACCUGUAAGUUUCACCCAGUAUUUGUGUAUGCUUUGUUCAUGGACAGCAAUAAAGAAUGUGUAAAUUA